AUGAGGGGCGGGGCCGCCGCCGCCGCCACCUGCCCCAGCGCCGGGCGCGGAACGGCCGCGCAGGCGCAGCCGCUGCCGGAGCCGCGCGGCGCGGGGGGAGCCGGCGCGCGCCGCGCCGUGGCUGCGCGUGCGCGGUGCAGGUGGCAGCGUCCCCGCCCACCGCCUUUAAGUGGAUUGUCAAGUUGUCCUGGAAAAAAACCCACAAUAACUCAUCAGAAGAUGUUUCACAUUUUUCAGUAUCAGCCUUUAAGACUAAUAACCCAAAACAGUCUUUCUAGCAUGUGUUUAAAACUGAUGCUUUCAAGACCUGUUGCAUUUGCACAGAUAUGGAAGUCAUGGUUCUCAAGCCAUUCUCUUCUUGGAAAGAAAAAUAUUAUCCUGAUGGGACCUCCAGGUGCUGGGAAAACAACGAUUGGGAGAAUAGUAGGCCAGAAACUGGAUUGCCCUGUCAUAGACAUAGAUGAUGACGUCCUUGAAACAACCUGGAACAUGAGUGUGUCAGAAAAACUGCAGGACGUUGGUUAUGAGGAAUUUCUAGAGGAGGAAGGAAAAGCCCUGCUGAAGUUCUCGGCAUCUGGAAGUGUUAUUUCCCUUAGCGGGUCCAAUCCGAUGCAUGCUGCUGGCAUGCAGCACAUAAAGAAAAACGGCAUCGUUGUGUAUCUGGAUGUGCCCACAGCAGUCAUCAUGAGCAGGCUGAAAUCAAUGAAGACAGAACGAAUCGUGGGUCUGGCUCCUGGUGUUUCUCUCAGAGACGUGCUUCAGUUUAGGAAGCAGUUCUACAAAAGGUGGUUUGACAUCCGUGUUCUUUGUGGAGGGGAUGUUGCAGCAGAGGUUGUAGCAGAAAAGGUGCUUGAUGCUGUGAAGAGAUACCAAGACUCUGAACUGGAAACUUUCGUAUCAACAAGGUCUAGUAGGUCUGGAAGGAGUAGGGAAGAAGACUCUCAUAAAUUAUAUUUCAGUGACGUUGUUACUCAGGGCUUAGCCCCUGAUGGAGGACUCUUUGUUCCUGAGAGAGGACUUCCAAAAUUCACUGCUGAAGAAUGGCAAGGUCUGAUAGAUGUAACAUACGCUGAAAGAGCCCAGGUGAUACUGGAAAGAUGCAUACAUCCUGCUGAUAUUCCUGCUUCCAAGCUGGCAGAAAUCAUUGAAACUGCUUAUGGAGAAAACUUUAGUUGUUCUAAAGUUGCCCCAGUUAGGCAUCUGGCAGGCAAUCAGUUCCUUCUUGAGUUAUUUCAUGGACCAACAGCAUCAUUUAAAGAUUUUGCAUUACAGUUGAUGCCACAUUUAUUUGCCUACUGCAUUCCCAGAAGCUGCAAUUACUUGAUUUUGGUAGCUACUUCUGGGGACACAGGAAGUGCUGUUCUAGAUGGCUUUAGUCGUCUCCAUGACACUGACAAACAGAGAAUUGCUGUAGUGAAUUUUUUUCCUGAGGAUGGAGUAAGCCCAAUUCAAAAAUCACAAAUGAUUGGCUGUCAGAAAGAAAAUGCUUGGUCAGUGGGUGUCAAAUCUGAUUUUGAUUUUUGCCAGACAGCUAUAAAGCAAAUCUUUACUAAUUCUGAUUUCACUGGCUUUCUUACAGUAGAAUAUGGAACAGCUUUAUCUGCAGCAAACUCCAUAAACUGGGCACGACUGCUUCCGCAGAUAGUUUAUCAUGCCUCUGCAUACCUUGAUCUUGUUCAUCAAGGUAUUAUUUCUUUUGGAAGCCCUGUAGAUAUUUGCAUUCCUACAGGAAACUUUGGCAACAUAUUAGCUGCUUUCUAUGCUAAAAUGAUGGGAAUUCCUAUUAGAAAAUGUAUUUGUGCUUCCAAUGAAAACCAUGUUUUGACUGACUUCAUAAGAACAGGUGUUUAUGAUUUGAGGGGAAGAAAAUUAAUUUGCAGUUUUUCACCAGCAGUAGAUAUUUUGAAGUCCUCCAAUCUUGAGCGAUACUUACACCUGAUUGCUAAUGGAGAUGGACAACUGGUGACACAAUUAUUUAACCAUCUGGAAAAUCAGGGCCACUUCCAGCUGCGGAAAGACCUGCUUGGAAAGCUUCAGCAGGACUUGGUGGCUGGCUGGUGCUCUGAUGAGGACUGCCUGGCUGCCAUUCACUCUGUGUACAGUACCACAGGAUAUAUUUUGGAUACACACACAGCUGUUGCUAAAGUAGUUGCAGAUCGAUUACAAGAUAGAACUUGCCCAAUUAUUAUUUCAUCUACAGCUCAUUAUUCUAAGUUUGCACCUGCUAUCUUGAGGGCCUUGAGGAUUGCAGAAAUAAAUCAGAAUCCAUUAAGUCAGCUUCACUUGCUGAGUUCUUAUAGUGCUCUGCCUCCAAUCCACUGGGGCCUAUUAGAGACUCUGAAAAAGACAGGAAAUGGGGAUCACCAGGUCUGUGCUGCUGAUAUGACUGUGCUGAUGUCCCAUAUAGAAACCUUAAUUCAAAAGCAUUUUAUGAAAGUUUUUUGAGCCGCUGAUCCAAUGUCCACAAAUUGUAAUACCUUCUUAACAAGCUGCAUGUUUUACUAAAGCCAUCAUUCACCUGGCCUGUGUCCAGUCCACAGCAUAUCUCACAGUUUUAUAUUCAGUUGUCAAGCUUUCAACAGUAUUUGUAAGUAACAUGUGUGAGAUUUCUAGUGGCAGUGAAAGGUUGUGAGUCAAGAGUGUAAAAAACUGGAAUAUUUGCAAAUCAUUCACAGUGGAGAUGCCAGCACUGCUAGCUUUCCUUGGCAGUGCUGUCUCCUCCACAGGCCUGAAGCAUUCUCAGUGGAGAUAAUGAAGUCUGACCUUUCUGGAACGAGUGGCUCUGGUUUUGUUGCAACAAUGAUGUGAACCUUUGGUCAGUGGAUGUUUAAUUAAACUUUAACUCAUUUCACUUAACGCACUGAAACACAUGUUCAUAUGUUACUAAUGAGGGUUGAUUUCACUACAAAGAUUAAAAUAUCCUUGUAUUGUUAUUCCUUGAACCAUUGAAUUUUGUGAUAUAUUACUUCUUGUAUAAUGUUUUUUAUGUAUUUUGUGGCUAAGU